CUGCUUUCCACAGGACUCCCAGGCUUCGCCGCCGAUCUACAAUUUGCUGAAGGAGCAAAGAACAUCCUCGGCUCUAAGUAGGGCUUUUAGUGUGCUCAUUGAUGAGUGAAAGUCGCCACACAUGUCAAGCUAAAGGCAGUUGUUGGGUUACUAACAGGACCCAGCGCCUUGCAAACAUAUGCGCUAAGCUGUGUAUACAGAUGGCAGGCAGAAUAAUGGAGCAGGCGCCUUUUAUAAAGCUCUAGCUGCUGCCUGUCUUCAGACCUGGGAAAUGAAACUAUUCAGACUCGCGGCCAGAUAGCGCCUGCGAUUGUUUGUUACCGUUUUAAUCCUAUUAAUUAAAACGUUAACCUGAUUGGGUAGAAAGCGCUGUCCCAACAGGCGAGUCUUCUUCAUAAUAACCUACUCAGAGAUAAUGAUGUAAAAGACUCCCCCGUCUGUGGCGGCGGCUGGUUGAUGGGUCCGGAAAUCUCUUGAAGGUGAAUCCAAGCAAGAUAAACGGUGCGGAGAGGAGGCGCGGGGCUGGGCUCAGAGCGGCGGCGGCGGCGGCUCCACUCCCUCCGCGCCCACCCUCCCACCAUGCGGGGCCGCGGCCCAUGGUGAGCCCCAGCAGCCAGCACCAUCGGCUGGAGACGAAGAAGAAGAAGAAGAGGAGGCGGCGAGCGCGGGGGAAGGCGAAAAAGAAAAAGAAAGAAGGGGAGAGGGCUGCCGGCAGCACCAGGACCGACGCGCGCACCAGCUCCGGAGCCCAGCUCGCGCGCGUCUGUGGGGCCGCCUGACUCCGGGGCCGAGGCGGCGGCGGCGGCAGCGGGCGCGGCGGCCCGGGCUGCGCGCCGGCGCGGGACCAUGGAGCGCGGGAUGCACCUCGGUGCAGCGGCCACCGGCGAGGACGACCUCUUCCUGCACAAGAGCCUGAGCGCCUCCACCGCCAAGCGCUUGGAAGCGGCUUUCCGCUCCACGCCCCCAGGCAUGGACCUGUCCCUGGCGCCGCCGCCUCGGGAACGCCCGGCGUCCUCCUCCUCGUCGCCCCUGGGCUGCUUCGAGCCGGCUGACCCGGAGGGGGCAGGGCUGCUGUUGCCGCCGCCUGGAGGAGGCGGCGGCGGCGGCGGCGCGGGAAGUGGCGGCGGCGGCGGCGGCGGCGGCGGCGGCGGCGGCGGGGUGGGUGUCCCCGGGUUGCUAGUAGGUUCAGCCGGCGUUGGGGGCGACCCUAGCCUGAGCAGCCUGCCGGCCGGGGCCGCCCUUUGCCUCAAAUACGGCGAAAGCGCGAGCCGGGGCUCGGUGGCCGAGAGCAGCGGCGGCGAGCAGAGCCCCGACGACGACAGCGACGGUCGCUGCGAGCUGGUGCUGCGGGCCGGAGUAGCCGACCCGCGGGCCUCCCCGGGAGCGGGAGGUGGUGGCGCGAAGGCAGCCGAGGGCUGCUCCAAUGCCCACCUCCACGGCGGCGCCAGCGUCCCCCCGGGGGGCCUGGGCGGCGGCGGCGGCGGCAGCGGCGGGGGUAGUAGCAGCGGUAGCAGUGGCGGCGCCGGCGGUGGUGGUGGCGGCAGCGGCGGCAGCAGCAGCAGCAGCAGCAGCAGCAAGAAAUCCAAAGAGCAAAAGGCGCUGCGGCUUAACAUCAAUGCCCGAGAGCGCCGGCGGAUGCACGACCUGAACGACGCGCUGGACGAGCUGCGCGCGGUGAUCCCCUAUGCGCACAGCCCCUCGGUGCGAAAGCUCUCCAAGAUCGCCACGCUGCUGCUCGCCAAGAACUACAUCCUCAUGCAGGCGCAGGCCCUGGAGGAGAUGCGGCGCCUAGUCGCCUACCUCAACCAGGGCCAGGCCAUCUCGGCUGCCUCCCUGCCCAGCUCGGCGGCUGCAGCGGCAGCAGCUGCUGCCCUGCACCCGGCGCUCGGCGCCUACGAGCAGGCAGCCGGCUACCCGUUCAGCGCCGGACUGCCCCCGGCUGCCUCCUGCCCGGAGAAGUGCGCCCUGUUUAACAGCGUCUCCUCCAGCCUCUGCAAACAGUGCACGGAGAAGCCUUAAACACACCCCCGAAAAACACAAGACCGACUCAAAAUCUAGAGGAAAGCGAAAAGCUGCUCCCCACCCCUUUAUUUUGGUCCUCUCGUAGUUGUGAAACACUUGCAGAGCAAACAAAGCAGAGGCAAGAACUGAGAAGUAUCAGAGACAAACGGGACUUUUAGCCUUGACAUCCCCAGAAUCUCGGUCUUUGGGGUGGGGAGGGAGGGAGGAGGGAGGUGGAGUUGGGAUGGAGUAUGGAUGUCUUUUUUUUCUCAGAAAAGUGGCAACUUUGGUGGCAGCCUAGACCGCGAGGAAGUGGAAUCUUCCUUAAAGGUGAAAAAUAAGUUGAGAAGUGGUGCUUGGUUAUUAAGACUGGAGAGUGUUUGAAUGGCAAAAUACUAAUCCUACUAAUAAUUGUGGAUUUGGCUAGUGCUGAGGGGGAGAGGAGGAGUUAGGGGUUGGGUAGCAUGAGAGAUGGAAUAUUCAUUCAGACAAAUCAGAAAGGGCACUUGAAAAUAAAUUUUGAUUCUGAGCCAGGAGAAAAACUUGAAAUGUUGACUUAAGUGAGGGGGAAAUAAAACCCAGAGAGAGAGAGAGAGCGAGAGAGAGAGACAUGUUGCUAUGAAAGACUUGUAUUUUUUAUUGUCUCUGAACUUUAAUCCUGUGAAAAUGCUCAAAGUUGUGGCGAGAGUGAUAUGAAAAAACUGACUGUGGCUGAAAGAAUUGCAUUUAAAAAUAUUUAUGUGCACCUUGUUACUUUCUACUCUGCGAUGAUGUAUUAACAAUUCAUGCUAUUUAUUUGUUAUUCUUCAAUGACCCUUCCACAUCAACAGUAUUUAUCAUGUGUUAAGGUCAUGGGUCUCGUGCAGAUUUUUUUAAUGCCUCUAAAAUUGUUUUAUAGAUUACUUAUACUGUGUGCCAAGUGUUUAAAGGUUUAUUUGCCAACAAGUAUGAAGAGAAAUAUUGAUGUAUCUAAGCUGCUUAGGUUUAUGAAAGGUCACCUGGAUAUUUUCAGUUGCAUCAUCCCUGUAUUUAAAUUGAGCUUUAAUAAAUUGCUUCAGUCCAAAAAUUACAGGAGAGGUGUAUUCUUAAUUGAUGAAUGAAUUGAUCUCUUUUUUGAAAGGGGACUCCUUUACAUUCCAAAAGGGAAAAACAUCACAGCAAUAGAUCCCAUACGUAAGAACAUGCUAAGCAAAUAUUUUUCCAGGCUGUGCUGUGCAUUUUUAAAAGGUCUAAUUUAAUUGCUUUUAAUAUAUAUGUACAUAUAUAAGUUAUUUUAACUGUGGAGAAUUAUUUAAGUUAAAAGACUGGUUUGAUUUGCCUAUGGUGUGAAAUCCUUUGUUAUUUUUCUAAAAAAAAAAAAAUUUAAAAAGAAAUAAAACUAAGGAAGAACAAGAAGCUAUUUACCCAAAGUGAGCUUUCAGUUUUAGUUUUGCAUGGCUGUUUGACUGCCUUUCCGCCCUAUGAAAAUCAAGAAAAUCUUUUUUAAAAAUGGAGUCCUGCUAUUUUCCACUCCUUGCAGAUAAUACAAAUUCAGUUUGUCAGGUUGGAUGGUGAGUUGGGAGCUGUGAUGGAUCUGUUGGCGGGUUUUGGAUGUGUAAAGAAUGAUAUAUGUAUUAAAUAGGUCAAUCAGACUAUGACAGCUAUGUAUGACCAUUUGUAUGUGUAUCUAUGUCAGAAAGAAUCUUUAUUAAAAUAUUUUGAUCAAA